AUGUCCCCAGCAUCUCCAGCCGAUACAUAUGAACAAUUCAAACGCGCUUUCCGAAAUCUUUUCCGGCGCCGGAAGUUCAACACCAACGUCCCUGCAGUCGUGAAGCCACAAGCGUCAACGCGUCCACUACGUCCACGAUCAGCCUCGGCCACCGCAGCUCCUGAAGUCUUUACCAGCCCAGAGAUCCCUUCAUGGCCCAUAUUCACGCAGCUACCACAAGGUGGCGGCCUCUACUGUGCACCCGUUGAGCUUCCUGGUUCGCUUGCACCCCUGCUCCAACAUCGUUCCAAGUCCGACGCAGGCCAGCCUGUAUAUCAUUCCGACCUCUUCAGCGAGCUGGACGCCACUUCAAUCAGACGAUUGAGUGUUAUUGGAAGCGAAGUGGCCGACGAUGAGGAAUUGGACGAAGCAUACAUGGAACUUCAAGCAGAGUUGAAUGCACAAAAAGCAUUGCAAAUGGACGAAGAACAAGUCACGCCAGAACAAUCCACACGACCAAUAGAUCAACAAUCCACAGAGGAACUCCCACACCCAGAAUCAGAACAGGCACAAGAUGACGCUCUUUUCGAGGAUGCCGAGGAGCAUCUUCCUCUUGAGCCUGAGGUCGAAGACCUUGUAAACCCAGCGAACAUUGCCCUUCCGGAAGGUUCAGACUCUGGUAUGUUUGAAUCUUUACUCUCGCGUUCAUGUACAAGCCUGACAGAUGUAGACCUUGAGGAAGAUAACUUCUCACUUGAAAGCGAGGCCGAGGAGCUAGCUAGAAAUGAUUCGGCAAAUGGCGGCAAGGUCUUCCACGAUGAUUCCAGCUCUCUCUACAGCACCGACGAAUCCGAAAACGAUGCGGAUUCUACUACAGACGCAGCUACCGUCUCCACACCUCGCACUGCUUCUUUGCUCAGAGCAGACAUGAUGGAGUACUUCGAUGAGAAGAUUCCAGUAUUUUCUGAACCUCCUCAGGUUCUGCCUCUCGUUCCUGCUCCUGGUAUGGCCGCGACUUCCGGGCCUCUCGAGGAAUUCUCUUGGUGA